GUGUAUAAAACCAAUUAAAGAUGGAUCCAGCACUUUUACGUGAACGGGAAGCCUUCAAACGGCGGGCGAUGGCAACGCCAACCGUUGAGAAGAAGGCUAAAACCGAAAGCUCAUUCACGGCACCUAAGGAUAUGAAAAAGCCGCGACCCGCCAGUGCUGCACCGAAAAUCGAUGCCACCAACUAUAAAACUAUGACCGGUAGUUCCCAGUAUCGGUUCGGUGUGCUGGCAAAGAUUGUAAAGCAUAUGCGUACCCGGCAUCAGGAAGGAGACGAUCAUCCUCUAACGUUGGACGAAAUACUUGAUGAAACCAAUCAGCUCGAUAUCGGAUCUUCGGUCAAAUCGUGGCUGCAAGGUGAAGCACUGCGCAACAAUCCCAAAAUCGAACUAACCCCGGACGGACGUUACCUGUUUAAAUCGGUAUUUAAAAUCAAAGAUGGCAAAAGUCUAAUGCGGCUGCUGAAGCAACACGAUCUCAAGGGGCUCGGUGGAGUGCUGCUGGACGAUGUGCAGGAAUCGUUGCCUCACUGUGAUAAAGUGUUGAAAAAUAGGGCAUCGGAAAUCAUUUUCAUCACCAGACCGAAUGAUAAGAAGAAAAUUUUGUUCUACAAUGAUCGGACGGCCAACUUCCAGGUGGAUGAAGACUUUCAGAAGCUGUGGCGUGCCGUUACGGUGGACGCUAUGGAUGAUGCGAAGAUUGAUGAGUACCUGGAGAAGCAGGGCAUCCGGUCGAUGCAAGAUCAUGGUCCGAAGAAACCGUUGCUGCCGAAGCGCAAAAAGUUGGCGAACAAGAAGCGACAGUUUAAGAAGCCGCGUGAUAACGAGCAUUUGGCGGAUGUGCUGGAAACGUACGAGGAUAACACGCUGACGCAGUCGAAUGCGGUGCAGGAAAUUAAGCAGAACAAUUGAACAAAUUUUAUCACAUCUUUUACAAGCAUAAUAAA